UAUUUCCUGCUGAAGGACAUUUUAAGUACAGGGAUCUCCUGUCUGCAGUGGUAACGGAGACGAAAUGAUCUAGAUGUCUAAUCAGAAUGCAGACGAGCCAUGACAGAAACGACAGUUUGCGUUGGCUUGUUUACAUCCGUCAAAGCACUUUGGGAAGUCAGGAUCCAGAAGAUAAAUGAACAGCUUCAAAAAGAAAAGGAGGUUCAACAAAGGGUUGCAGGGAGGUUGACUGUUGCUUGGGAAGAGAGGGCUAGCUUUGCCAAACUGAAACAAAAAGUCAUCACUGAAAAUGGAAGGGCUGUUUUAAGAAUUGAACAAGAAGAAUGGAAGGCAGUACCUUCUUGCUUGCUGAAACUGAACCACCUCCAGGAAUGGCAACUUCACAGAGUUAGUUUGGUAAAAAUCCCUCAGUUUAUUGGCCGCUUUCAAAAUCUCCUUGUUCUAGAUCUCUCUCGAAAUUCCAUCACAGACAUUCCCAGGGAGAUCGGUCAGUUGACAAAUCUCCAAGAGCUGAACCUCAGUUAUAAUAAAAUUAAAUCCAUUCCUAAAGAACUAAGUAACUGCGUCAGCUUAGAAAGGCUGGAACUGGCUGUGAACAGAGACAUUUCGGACCUUCCCCAUCAGCUCAGUGAUAUGAAGAAACUCUAUCACCUAGAUCUCAGCAUGAACCAAUUUACCACGUUCCCUUCAGUCAUCCUGGUGAUGCCCAACUUGGAAUGGUUAGACAUGGGAAGCAACAAACUGAAAGAAAUCCCUGACAACAUUGACAGAGCUGAAAACCUACAUACUUUGUGGCUGCAGAGGAAUGAGAUAACUCAUUUACCAGAAUCCAUUCGAAACUUACAGAACUUGAGCACCUUGGUUCUCACCAGCAACAAACUCCAAGAUAUUCCUGUUUGCAUGAAGGACAUGCCAAACCUGAGAUUUGUCAACUUCAGAGACAAUCCCCUAAAGCUGGAUGUAAAACUUCCCCCUUGUGAGAACGAAGAGGAGGAGGAAGAACGAGAAUUGUAUGGAAUUCAGUUCAUGCAUGCUUACAUUCAUGAGUCGCUCGGCAUAAAAGAUAUGGAAAGUGAUAUUGGAAUUGGUUCGAGUGGUGCUGCUGAUGCUGCUAAUAAGUGAAAAAAUAUUCUGUGCCAAUUUGGGUUUUUGCUGCUAUUGGAAGGCAGCUUUCACAGUUCUCCCAAGCAAAGAAGGACUGAGUGACAGCUAUAUUUUCUUUUACUAAAAUAUCAAGUUGUUUUAUUAGGAAUAAGCAAGUGUUUUCAUCUUCUUCUGUUACCAGAGGAGAUUAUAAAAAUAAUUUGGUAAACAAAA